UUUGCCAUCUCUCUUCGUUUAUGUUCGAAAAAAAUAAAAGGAGAUAAGGAGAAAAAAGCCUUUUGUUCAUGGCUAUCUUCGUUCACUAUCUUUUCAUUAUUCUCAUCUCCACCGUCAUCUCCGUCGUCUCCUUCCUCCUCCACCGUUCUAGGCGUCUCCGGAGCCUCCGUCUACCACCGGGAAACUUGGGUUUACCUUUCAUCGGGGAGACCUUACAGCUUAUAUCUGCUUACAAGACCGAGAACCCCGAGCCGUUCAUCGACGAAAGGGUGAAACGUUACGGUUCGGUCUUCACGACUCAUAUUUUCGGCGAACCGACUGUCUUUUCAGCUGAUCCGGAGACGAACCGGUUCAUCUUACAAAACGAAGGGAGGCUGUUCGAGUCUAGUUACCCCGGUUCGAUCUCGAAUUUGCUUGGGAAACACUCGCUGCUAUUGAUGAAAGGCAACCUUCACAAAAGAAUGCAUUCUUUGACCAUGAGUUCCGUCAGCUAUUCAAUUAUCAAAGAUCAACUCUUGGUCGAUAUAGACCGGUUAAUCCGGAUCAACUUGGAUUCCUGGACGGACCGUGUCCUUCUCAUGGAAGAAGCCAAGAAGAUAACUUUUGAGUUAACGAUAAAACAACUAAUGGGCAUUGAUCCCGGUGAAUGGAGUGAAAGUUUGAGAAAACAAUACGUUCUUGUUAUUGAAGGCUUCUUCACCAUCCCUUUACCUUUAAUUUCGAUCACCUAUCGUCGUGCAAUCAAAGCAAGAAGGAAAGUGGCAGAGGAACUGGGGAAGAUAGUGAGGGAAAGAAGAGAAGGGUAUGAAAGAGGUGAGAGGAAGAGUGAUAUGUUGGGAGGAUUAUUAGGGCACGAGGGAAUUUCAAACGAGGAAAUCGUGGAUUUCAUGGUGGCUUUGCUUGUUGCUGGCUAUGAGACUACUUCAACUAUCAUGACACUUGCUGUCAAAUUCUUGACCCAAACCCCUCUUUCUUUGGCUCAACUCAAGGAAGAGUACGAGGAGAUUAGGGAGAAGAAAAGCGAGUGGGAAGCUCUUGAAUGGAGAGAUUAUAAGUCAAUGUCAUUCACUCACUGUGUUAUCAACGAGACCUUGCGAGUCGCAAACAUUAUCAGUGGAGUUUUCAGACGAACAAUAACCGACGUCAACAUAAAAGGUUACACAAUUCCCAAGGAUUGGAAGGUUUUCGCAUCGUUUCGAGCCGUCCAUCUUGAUCAUGAUCAUUUUGAAGACGCUCGUACUUUCAAUCCGUGGAGAUGGCAGGUACAGAAGAAAAAUAUUUUUUACGUAUUUGCCUGGAAUGAAUUUGGACAGAAUGUCCAGGGGACGAGCUGUUCCGGGAAUUUUUACACGCCGUUCGGAGGAGGACCUCGGUUGUGCCCUGGAUAUGAGCUUGCUAGAGUUGAAAUCUCUGUAUUCUUACACCACCUUGUAACUCAAUUCAGUUGGGUACCUGCUGAAGAAGAUAAGCUAGUUUUCUUCCCCACGACGAGAACACAAAAACGAUACCCCAUCAAUCUGCAGCGUCGAUGCUAAUUUAACUUGUCCGAAUCUGAUGGUGAGGGAUAAAAGUAUGUGUAGGAAAGCAAGGGUUGUCAGAGGAUGGAAUAUCCGAUUGAGGAAGCCAUUGUUUCUCUUCGAAUUACCGAAAGAUGGAGGAGAAGUCCCUAACGUUGAGGAUACGGUCGACUAGAGGAGGAGAGACGAUCAUCAGGGGUCGAACAGUCUUUAGGAAUAUAAAACGAAAGAGGAAGAGAGAACAAAGUUUGAAAAACAGAAAUCAUUGUCUCUCUACUAUGUAUUUGAUUGACAUUUUUGUAAAAAAAAAAACAUAUAUUUCUAAU